AUGGUAUUUUCCAAUGAUCGAUAUUCACAGGGAAACAAAGCCCAUAAAUCUCUUCAAUUUAUAUUUCAGGAAAAUGUCGUGAUCCGUGAGAUGGAAGAAGAAUUAGUCAAACUGAAACAUCAAGCGCAGUUAUUUGAAGUUGUUCUAUCCGAAUAUCGUCAAUUGUCAAGUUGUCGUCGUGAACUUCGACUACUAAAAAGUGUCUGGGACUGGGUAGUUCUCAUUCGUUCAACCAUCUCUGGGUGGUACAAUACGCCUUGGCGUCGUAUUAGUGUCGAUGAGAUGGAAUUCACUCUAAAACAGUUCUCAGUCAAAGAUUUGAGACGUUUAGAUAAGAUAGCCCGAUCGUGGCCUGUCUUUCUCGGUAUUGAGGGUGAAGUUCGCAAUAUGAUGACUUCGUUAAGAGCUGUAACUGAACUUCAAAAUCCCGCAAUUCGUGGACGACAUUGGUCGCAGUUAAUGGCAACUACGGGUGUUCGUUUUGAGAUGAACGAAACCACUGUCCUUUAUGAUCUUUUGAGCUUGAACCUCCACAAUUACGAAGAGCAAGUCCAUACUUUGGUUGAUAAAGCGAUUAAAGAAGCCUCGAUGGAGAAAAUCUUAAAAGAACUUGAUCAGACUUGGGGACAGUUGUCUUUUGAGGUGAAAGAACAUUCUAGAAGAGAUCUAAAACUCUUCAUCGUCAGUCAGGAAGCGGUUGAAGUACUGGAAGAGAACCAAGUCCAACUUCAGAAUAUGACUACCUCCAAACAUAUUGAUUUCUUCCGCGAUCAGAUUACUGAGUGGCAAAAGAAACUUACAACUGCUGACUACAUUAUUGGCUUGUGGUCAGAAAUUCAAGAAACUUGGUCUUACCUUGAAGCUAUAUUCCUCAGCUCGGAGGAUAUACGAGAGCAGCUACCAGAAGAUUCAAAAAGAUUUGACAAGAUUGAUGGAGAAUUUAGAAAAAUAGUCGAAGAUUUUGAGAGGAAGGGGACGAAUAUCAUAAUAGCCACUCAUAUUAUUGGCUUGGCAGAACGACUUGAAAGGUUGAAAGAUGAUUUGGCUUUAUGUGAAAAGGCUCUAGCUGAUUACCUGGAUACCAAACGUCUCGUAUUUCCACGCUUCUACUUCAUUUCACCGACAGAUCUCCUUGAUAUUCUGGCUAACGGAACCGAGCCUAUUAAAGUCAUGCCACAUUUGCCCAAAUUGUUUGACAGCAUUGCUGGUCUGGAUCUGAAGCCAAAUUCAAAGACUGCCAUAACUAUGAAAGCAAAAGACGGGGAGUUAGUUAAGCUCUCGAAAGAAUGUUCCCUUGAGGGGAAAGUCGAAGUUUGGCUUAAUAGAGUUCUGGAUGAAAUGCGAGCAACUCUACUCUACAAUCUACAUCAGUGUGUGUCCAAUUUUGAGGAAAAACCUCGAGAUCAAUGGAUUUUUGAUUAUCCCGCUCAGAUUUCGUUGGCAGGCUGUCAGAUAGGCUGGGCAGCAGAGGUCAAUUUGAACUUCGCUCAGCUAGAAGAAGGAUAUGUGAAUGCCCUGAAGUUCUUUAAUAAGAAGCAAAUCACCCAGCUUAACGCUCUGAUAACCCUACUAACAGGAGAGUUGAGUUCUCAAGAGCGUCAAAAAGUGAUGACCAUAUGUACAAUUGAUGUCCACAAUCGAGAUGUGGUUGGCAGACUGAUUUCAGAGAAAGCAACCGAAAGGGGUGCUUUCUCGUGGCUCAGUCAAUUGAGACAUCGAUGGGAUGACACCCUGGGUGAUUGCUUUGCCAAUAUUUGUGACGCGGAGUUCCGCUAUGCAUAUGAGUAUUUGGGAAAUACGCCCAGGCUGGUUAUCACUCCUCUUACUGAUAGAUGCUAUAUCACCCUCACUCAGUCUCUGCAUCUCACAAUGUCUGGGGCACCCGCUGGUCCAGCUGGUACUGGCAAAACUGAAACAACAAAGGAUCUGGGUAGAGCGCUAGGAAUAAUGGUAUACGUCUUCAACUGUUCAGAGCAAAUGGAUUACAAAUCCGUUGGAAAUAUCUAUAAAGGUCUGGCCCAAUCUGGUGCUUGGGGCUGCUUUGACGAAUUCAAUCGCAUUUCCGUUGAUGUGCUCUCCGUAGUAGCCGUCCAAGUAAAGAGCAUUCAAGACGCUAUCAAAGACAAAUGCAAGAAAUUCAACUUUCUCGGAGAGGAGAUCACUCUCAACCCAGACGUGGGCAUUUUCAUCACUAUGAAUCCUGGCUACGCAGGUCGUACAGAGCUGCCGGAGAAUCUAAAAGCUCUCUUUCGUCCUUGUGCCAUGGUUGUACCGGAUUUUGAGCUCAUUUGCGAGAUCAUGCUUGUUGCAGAAGGAUUUACUGAAGCUCGACUCUUAGCUCGCAAAUUUAUAACCCUUUAUAGUCUAACUAAGGAGCUACUUUCUAAACAGGAUCAUUAUGACUGGGGUCUACGAGCUAUCAAAUCAGUUCUAGUGGUUGCAGGUUCCCUCAAAAGAAGUGAUCCAACGCGUCCAGAGAAAGAGGUUCUUAUGCGAGCUCUUCGCGAUUUCAAUAUUCCGAAAAUUGUAACCGAUGAUGUACCUGUUUUCAUGGGUCUUAUAACCGAUCUCUUUCCUGCCAUGGAUGUUCCUAGAAGGAGAGACCUAGUAUUCGAAGAGCAAGUACGAAAGGCUGCCAUAGAUUUGAAGCUUCAACCAGAGGACAAUUUCAUUCUUAAAGCAGUUCAGCUACAAGAGUUAUUUGCUGUUCGACAUUCGGUAUUCAUUAUGGGCAAUGCUGGUACUGGCAAAUCUAUGGUUUGGAGAGUUCUAUUUAGAACCAAUCAAAAUAUGAAAAAGAAGCCUGUGGUAGUCGAUUUAGAUCCAAAAGCAGUAACAAAUGAUGAACUCUUUGGUAUUAUUAAUCCAGCGACAAGAGAAUGGAAGGAUGGCUUGUUUUCUGUGGUGAUGAGAGAUUUAUCCAAACUGACACACGAUGGACCAAAGUGGAUAAUAUUAGAUGGUGAUAUCGAUCCUAUGUGGAUUGAAUCGCUGAAUACUGUGAUGGACGAUAACAAGGUCCUUACUCUCGCAAGUAAUGAGCGAAUUCCUCUCACGUCAACAAUGCGUUUGGUAUUUGAAAUCAGUCAUCUGAAAACCGCUACACCUGCAACCGUUUCAAGAGCUGGAAUACUUUACGAUCUUGGCUGGGGACCAUAUAUUUAUUCAUGGUUGGCUGCUCGUGAUAAUCGUUCUGAACAAGCAAAUUUGAGUAUCCUCUUCGAAACUUAUGUACCAGUCUGUCUAGAAGCUCUGCGAACAAGAUUCAAAUUGGCAGUCCCUCUGGUUGAAUUGGGUCAUGUACAGACAUUGUGCCACCUACUUGAAGUUCACUUGACCCCUAUUAACACUCCUCCAGAUACUCCCAAGGAAGUCGUUGAAACAUUCUUUGUCUUUUGUGCCAUUUGGGCCUUUGGAGGCGCUUUAGUACAGGACCAGAUUAUCGAUUAUCGAACAGAGUUCUCUAAAUGGUGGUUGGAAGAAUUCAAGGCUGUGAAAUUUCCUACGUCAACAUAUGGUGGUAGUGUUUUUGAUUUCUAUAUUGACCCUGUGAGUAAGAAGUUUGAACCUUGGAGUAAGAAAGUAGAACAAUUUAUCUUGGAUACGAAUGAACCACUUCAGACAGCACUAGUGUCUACUCCUGAAACUGCUCGUAUUCGAUACUUCCUUGACCUUCUAAUUGCCGCUCGUUAUCCGGUAAUGUUAGUGGGAGCAGCUGGGACUGGAAAGAGUGUUUUAAUUCAAGAUCUACUUCGAAAUCUUGGAGAGGAUUUUGUAGUAGUUAAUGUGCCUUUGAACUACUAUACAACUAGUGAAAUGCUUCAACGUGUGUUAGAGAAACAGUUGGAGAAGAAAACCGGUCGAUCAUAUGGACCACCAGGAAAUAAACGUCUAGUCUACUUUAUCGAUGACCUCAAUAUGCCUGAGGUUGAUGCCUACUUUACAGUUCAACCUCACACUCUGAUCCGACAACAUAUCGAUCACUCUCACUGGUAUGAUCGGACGAAGUUAACUCUGAAAGAGAUUACGGAUGCUCAAUAUGUGACUUGCAUGAAUCCAACCGCAGGAAGCUUCACGAUCGACUCCCGAUUACAGAGACACUUUGCCAUUUUCAACUUAAGUUUUCCAGGUCGAGAAGCUGUUCACUCGAUCUAUUAUUCCAUUUUAUCACAACAUCUUGAAUUGCCGGCUGCUGGUUUUCCUUCUGCUGUCCAACGCCUGGCAUCAAGCAUUACUGAUUUAGCUAUUGAUUUCCAUUCGAAAGUGACGUCCACCUUUCUACCUACUGCUGUGAAGUUCCACUACGUUUUCAAUCUUCGAGAUCUCACGAACGUAUUUCAGGGUCUCCUAUUCUCUAAAAAUGAGUGUUUGAAGACCCCGAUAGAUUUUAUUCGCUUAUGGAUUCACGAAACAGAACGUGUUUAUGCUGACAAAUUAGUUGACUCUACAGACCAAACAGUAUUCAAUAAACUAAUCCGUGACUUUGUUGUCAAGCAAUUCACAGACGUGACUAUUGAGGAAGAUGUCAUAUUUGCGGAACCUCUCCUUUACUGUCAUUUCAUUCAAGGAUUUGGUGAUCCUCGCUAUCUUCCCGUUGAAUCGAAAACAAGUCUUGCGAAACUUCUCGAUGAUGCUUUAAAUAAUUAUAAUGAGAUGAAUGCGGCAAUGCAUUUAGCUUUGUUUGAAGAUGCUAUUCAGCAUAUUCUACGAAUUGAUCGCAUUCUAGAAUCUCCAAGAGGAAAUGCUCUACUUAUUGGAAUAGGUGGUUCUGGAAAGCAGUCCCUUUCUCGUCUUGCUGCUUUCAUAAGUUCUCUUGAAGUCUUCCAAAUUGUGGCUAAGAAAGGCUAUUCAGUCAGCGAUCUAAAAGCUGAUUUAGCUCUUCUCUAUCGUAAAUCUGGGCUUAAAAAUGUAGGCACUGUCCUCCUUCUAACUGAUGCCCAAAUUCUAGACGAAAAGUUCCUCGUUGUGAUUAAUGACCUCUUGGCUUCCGGAGAUAUUCCCGAUCUUUUUGCAGACGAUGAGAUGGAAGAGAUUAUUUCUGCUGUUCAAUCUGAGACUAAAGCAGCAGGUAUUCUGAAUACUCGAGAGAAUUGUUGGCAAUUCUUUAUUAACAAAGUUAGACGAAACCUUAAGGUGGUUCUCUGUUUCUCUCCCGUUGGUCCGAAGCUUCGAAUUCGUUCCAGACGUUUCCCAGCUCUUGUGAACUGUACUAGCAUUGACUGGUUCCAUGAAUGGCCUGAAGAGGCUUUACUUUCUGUUGCGAAACUAUUUGUUUCUGAAAUUGAGUUGCUUGAUCCUUCAUUACAUGAGCCAGUAUCAACAUUCAUGUCGCACAUACAUCGGACAGUGAAUGAUAUCAGCAAGGACUACUUAGCUAAUGAGAGACGCUACAACUAUACCACUCCAAAGUCAUUCCUCGAGCAGAUUCAUCUCUAUAAAAGUAUGUUAAAUAAACGAGAUCAAGAGAUAAAGGGCAAAAUAACACGCUUAGAGAACGGUCUUGAGAAGUUAGGAAGUACCGCCCAGCAAGUUGAUGAUCUGAAAGCAAGACUCGCCAGCCAGGAAGUUGAGUUAGGUCAAAAAAAUGAAGAUGCCAACAAGCUCUUAGCCAUCGUCAGUGCAGAGACUGAUAAAGUGGUUGCUGAAAAGGCUGUAGCCGAUGAAGAAGAGAAAAGAGUGGCAAAGAUUCGCGCAGAAGUUUCUGUAAAGCAGCGAGAAUGUGAGGCAGAUUUAGCGAAAGCCGAACCAGCUCUUCUAGCAGCCCAAGAAGCUUUAAAUACUUUGAAUAAGAAUAAUCUCACAGAAAUGAAAUCAUUUGGAACACCACCACCGGCCGUUGUAAAAGUUGUAGCUGCAGUUUCCUGCCUCUUGGCCCCUCGAGGAAAAGUUCCCAAAGAUCGAAGUUGGAAGGCUGCUAAAGCUGGAAUGAUGGGAAAGAUAGACCAAUUUCUUGAUAAUUUAAUUAACUACGACAAGGAAAACAUGCACGAAAACUCUCUUAAGGCUGUUGCGGAAUAUCUUAAAGAUCCCGAAUUUGACCCGAAAUUUGUUCGCAGUAAAUCACUGGCUGCCGCUGGGCUUUGUUCUUGGGUUAUAAAUAUUGUAAAAUUUCAUGAAGUUUUUUGUGUCGUUAAGCCUAAACGAGAUGCCCUAGAUGAAGCUAACAAGGAGCUCCAAAGUGCCACAGAUGCACUUAUUGGAAUCCGAGAAAAGAUAGCGCAAUUGGAAGACAAGUUAGCUGAACUAACGGCCAAUUUUGAAAACGCGAAAGUUGAAAAACAGAAAUGCCAAGACGAAGCAGAUAACACGAAAAGGACUAUUGAUUUGGCUAAUCGUCUCGUAGGUGGACUCGCCUCCGAAAAGCUCCGUUGGUCGCAACAAAUUGAGGAACACAAGGCUCACGCCUCGUGUCUUCCUGGGGAUGUUCUUAUAACAGCAGCAUUUCUGUCCUAUCUCGGUUACUUUACUAAAAAAUAUCGGUCUCAUUUGUUGGAAAAAUUAUGGAAGCCGUGCUUAGAUUCCCUUCAGCCUACAAUUCCAAUCACUGCUAAUCUUGAUCCACUAACUUUAUUAGUUGAUGAUGCUCUGGUAGCUAAAUGGAACAAUGAGGGUCUGCCAAGUGAUCAAUUCUCGGUUGAAAAUGCUGCCAUCGUAAUCGCUGCUGAAAGAUGGCCACUUAUUGUCGAUCCUCAACUUCAGGGCUUAAAAUGGAUCAAAACACGCUAUGGAGAAGAUCUAAAGUCCAUUCGUUUGGGUCAGAAGGGAUACCUAGAUUUAAUUGAACGUGCAGUUUCUAUUGGCGAAACUGUACUAAUUGAAAAUAUUGAUUUAGCUAUCGAUCCAAUCCUUGAACCUCUAAUUAGUAGGAAUACAAUCAAACGAGGAACAGCAAUUCGGUUGGGAGGAAAGGAAAUAGAUUAUAAUCCAAACUUUAAGCUAAUUUUGCAAACUAAAUUAUCGAAUCCUCACUAUGCACCCGAGUUGCAGGCUCAAACCACCUUGAUUAAUUUUACAGUUACUCGUGAUGGUCUUGAGGAUCAAUUGCUGGCAAAUAUUGUACGUAUAGAAAGGCCCGACUUAGAGACUUUGAGAUCAGACCUUACUAGGCAGCAGAAUGAAUUCAAAAUUACCUUGAAAACCCUCGAGGAUGCUCUCUUGGCCAAAUUAUCGGAAGCUGAGGGCAAUUUCCUGGGUGAUUAUGCUUUGGUUGAGAAUCUUGAGACUAAUAAACGAACUGCUGCUGAAAUUCAAGAUAAAGUUGUGCAAGCAAAGGUAACGGAAGAGCAGAUAAACACAGCGCGAGAAAUCUACCGACCUGCUUGUGUCCGAGCUGCAAUGCUCUAUUUCAUCAUUAGUGAUUUGAGCAAAAUCAAUCCAAUGUACCAGUUUUCUCUCAAAGCGUUUGGUUUUGUCUUUGAUACUGCUAUGAAUCGCGCUAAUUCAUCUGACGACGUCAAAGUUCGUGUCAGAAAUAUCAUCGACUCAGUGACGUAUUCUGUAUACAUCUACACAUCUAGAGGUCUUUUUGAAAAGGAUAAACUUCUUUUUACAGCUCAGGUUGCUUUUCGAAUCUGCCAAGCUCGAGGAGAAGUAGACUUUCAAGAGUUGGAUUACCUCCUGCGUUUUCCCAUAACACCGAAUGUGACUAGUCCAGUCGAUUUCAUCACAAAUAUUGGCUGGGGUGCAAUCAAGUCUUUAACAACCUUGGAAACUUUUAGCAACCUUGACUCAGAUAUCGAAGGAUCUGCUAAACGUUGGAAGAAGAUUGUAGAUAGCGAAAAGCCAGAAAAUGAACAACUUCCGCAGGAUUGGAAGAAUAAGUCGAAUUUGCAACGCCUGUGCAUUCUUCGUGCAUUAAGACCAGAUCGAAUGCUUCAUGCAGUAAGAAAUUUUGUUUCCGCAAAUCUUGGCAAAGUUUAUAUUGAGGGAAGCAGCCUGCCCUUUGCCGAAUCUUUUAAGGAGUCGGGACCAGCAACACCGAUUUUCUUCAUCCUUUCACCAGGUGUGGACCCGUUGAAGGACGUUGAAGCUCUUGGAAGACAGUUGGGCUUCACAAGCGAAAAAAGAAAUUUCCACAACAUCUCUCUAGGCCAGGGUCAGGAGGUUAUUGCUGAAGAAGCUAUGCAACUGUCAGCCAGAGAAGGACACUGGAUUAUUCUUCAAAAUGUUCAUCUUGUUGCGAAAUGGCUUCCAACUUUUGAGAAGCAUUUAGAAGAGUUAAUGGAGGGGGCGCACAAAGAUUAUCGGGUAUUCAUAAGUGCUGAACCUGACAAUUCACCGGAAUCUCAUGUUAUUCCACAAGGAGUGCUAGAGAACUCCAUUAAGAUUACAAAUGAACCUCCAACUGGUAUGCUGGCAAAUAUUCACAGGGCUCUUGGAAAUAUCUCCCAAGUAACUCUGGAGAUGUGUACUAAGAAGAAUGAAUUCAAAAUGAUCCUAUUUACUCUCUGCUACUUUCAUGCUGCAGUUUGUGAACGGAGGAAGUUCGGCCCGCAGGGGUGGAAUCGCAUCUACCCCUUCAACAAUGGUGACUUGACUAUCAGUAUCGAUGUAUUGUACAAUUAUCUUGAGGUAAAUAAUGAGGUCCCUUGGGAAGGGCUUCGUUACUUAUUUGGUGACAUAAUGUAUGGUGGGCAUAUAACUGAUGACUGGGACCGACGACUCUGUAAGACUUAUUUGGAAGACUAUUUAGCCAAAAGUAUGUUAGAUGGAGAUCACCUCUUAGCGCCAGGAUUUAAAGUUCCUCCAAAUUCAGACUUGCAUGGCUAUCAUAAGUAUGUGGAUGAAAAACUUCCUCCAGAAUCACCCUAUCUCUAUGGCAUGCAUCCAAAUGCUGAGAUUGGUACUCUAACAGUCGAGUCCGAAAAGCUCUUCAGUCGACUACUUGAUAUGAUGCCUAGAGAAGGUGCUGAGGGAGAUCAAGAAGGAAGCACCGCAGAGAGCAAGGUUCAAGCAAUUCUUGAUGAUUUUCUUGGAAGACUUCCGGAGCUUUUUAACAUGCAAGAUAUUCAAUCUCGAGUUCCGCCUGAAGAAAGAACACCAUUUGCAGUUGUUGCUCUUCAAGAAUGUCAUCGUAUGAAUAUUUUAAUCAGGGAGAUUUCACGCUCUCUUAAAGAGCUGUCCCUAGGAUUGAAAGGUGAGUUAACCAUCAGUGCUGAAAUGGACGUUCUGCAGAGUGCUUUGUUCUUUGAUACAGUUCCGAAUUCUUGGACAGCUAAGGCUUAUCCCAGCCUUUAUUCUCUUGGACUCUGGUAUGCGGAUUUGAUUGUUCGUGCCAGAGAACUUGAGAUAUGGGUGACUGACUUUUCAUCUCUACCGAGUGCUAUUUGGCUUGGUGGAUUAUUUAAUCCACAGUCCUUCCUUACUGCUAUAAUGCAACAAAUGGCAAGGAAGAAUGAAUGGCCGUUGGAUAGAAUGACGUUGAGUGUGGAAGUAACGAGAAAGCUACUUCGAGAAGAAUUAACUGGACCCCCUAGAGAUGGAGCUUAUGUCCAUGCGUUGUAUGUAGAAGGGGCUAGGUGGGACAUCCAAGCUGGCAUUUUAGCAGAAUCGAAACCAAGAGAGUUGGUCGCUGCCCUACCGAUUGCAUUAAUCAAAGCGGUGCCUGUAGACAAAGCAAACAUUCGAGGAACUUACGCCUGUCCUGUCUAUAAAACAAAAAGUCGAGGACCCACUUACGUAUGGACAUUUAAUCUGGCAACGAAAGCGAGACCUGCGAAAUGGGUGCUUGGCGGUGUGGCUAUCAUCCUUCAAGUUUAA